AUGUUCUAAAAUUUAUUAUAAGAAUUUGUACAAACUCAAUACACAUUGAAACCAAAAUUAUAUCAAAGAUGUGGUUUCGAAGCCAGAUACUUCUUUAAUUUUGGUGAUCAAUGUGAUCCUAGACAUUAAUUACCAAUCAGCAUCGUAAUAUGGAGAUUGCCACCAGCUGAAUAAUUAAAAUAAGCAACUCACUCUUAAAAUGAUAUUAUAACUUAUGUACUUAAGGGUUAAUAUAGACAAGAUAAGUAAGACUUGAAUUUAAUCAAUUUAGUUCUAUUUCUGAAAAUUAAACAUUAUAUGAAGGUGAUGCUAUUUAAUAUAUUUGUGGAAAUGACAAUUCAUACCAUAGAGAUAGUAACAACUCUUAAGAUGUUUCAGAAAUCUUAUAAAUCUUUAUUUAAAAUAAUGAUAUUGAACGAAAUAGUUGUCAAUAAAUAUACAAAUAAAAUUCACUUAUAAGAAAUGAUAAAUACUAUGAGAUGUGUAUAUUACAAGGUGAUUCACAAAUUGAUAAUAAAAAUUUCACUUAUCUUAUAAUUAUCAAUUUGGAUGAGACUCAAUUAAGCAUAGAGAAUCAAAUAAAUUUAAAAAAAUAUGAAUGUUAAUAUUUUAAUAAGGAAAGUCAAAUAAAAAUUAGUGGUAACAAAUAUAUUGUAAUAAAAUUGCUUUGA